AAACCAUGAUCCAACUGAUGAAAAGUGUAGUUUCCAAAAUAAUGUAUCCUUUGUGGCAUGUAGCUGAAGAGGAUGAGAUCAACCUGCCAAGAGUUCCGCAAAUGAGAAACUUUAUGAACUGCACAGUCACCAUCUUGUGUCAGGACUAUGGCUUGGUUGAUGAUAUGAUUUACUUCACAUCAGAAGUAGUCCUGGGAGGUAUACCCUUGAGUGUUGGGCACAAAGUCAAUGUACUUGCCUAUCAAGACCAUGAAAGCAGGGGCUGGAAAGCACUAAGGGUUGAAAAGUCAUUUGAUGACUGGGAAGAUGACUCUGCAAGUGACUGUGAGCUAAGCAAAGCCAGGGCCCUCAUUGGCAUAGUGACAUCCUGUGAUGGAGAAGGCGGCAUGAUUAACUCUAGCACAUGCUUCUCUCUCUCUCAUGUGUGUGAAGGUUUUCAGCCAAUAAAGGGGGACUGGGUGCGAGCUGAAUAUUUUAUCAACCCUAGCAAGUGGUGCAGCCAGGCGAGUAGUGUUGCACCUCUUCGUUCCCGGGCAAUUGAUAAGGUCCAGGUGUCCAGCAUCUGUGGUCGCUGUGGGGUUAUAGAAAGUUCAAUAUUUUUUACUUUGGAUUCACUCUGUGUUCCCAAUGAAUAUUGUCCAUCGACUGGCGAUGUUGUUAAUGCAGUGGUGGUGGAGAGCACCCAGUCCUUUUAUUGCUGGCGAGCUUUAGCUAUGACUCCAGUGAGCAGCAGCAGCAGUAAAGGUAACCUGGCCAAAAAUGAACAUGUGAAAGUGGACAGUCACCUGCUUCUUGAGGAUAAGGGUGGGUUAGAAGUCAGCAAAAUGACCAACUUUGGGUCUCUCCUCCUUGGCCAGACAAAGGAAAUACUGGUUUGUAUUAUGAACCAUAGCAACCAAGCUCACAUCUUAAUAAGCUCUGGUCUAGCUGGAUGGGACAGAAGUGGACAGUUUAGUUUGCAUGUCCCUGUAGCACAUGGGUAUGAAGGUCCAGUGGGAAACCUUUCAUGCCCUCUCUCUCUUUUGUGGCGAGCACAUGCAAGAGGCCCAUACCUGCUGCUUCUGUGUUCUGGAAGUCUCUACUAUGGUAUCAAUGGAAGUAGUAAUACUUGUGUCAGUUAUUUAUCAAGUGCUGAAGGCACAUGGGAAAUAUCCAUUGCACCAGGGCAGGAGAUGACUGUGGCGGUGCAGUGCCAGGCCAGGAUUUUGGGAAGCUGCACAGAGCUGCUUUUGCUCCAUUUUCAGAGUUUCUCAAUUGGACGGUUGCUAGAUGUAGAUGUGCAUGCCUCAGAGGAGCUGCUAGUUAAGGCACAGACCAACUACAUGCCAGCCAGCCAGCUAUCCUUGCUACCAAGCACACAGUUGAAUAAGGAUGUAAUAGCUGUGCUGCCCAGCUCUUUGCCACACAAGUUACCCAGACGGCAUCUACCAAACUUUUUGAGUCGUUAUCCAGUGCCACCAAGCCUAAAAGAGUGUUUUGAGCAUGAGAAAGAUGUCCUGCUUGUGCAGCCACAGUUGGCAGAGCCUCUCUCUUGGCACAAUUUUCAGUGCAAGUUCUCUGCUUUGCUAUGGUUGGAGGAACUUCAGGCAGAAAGAGAAAUGAAGGAAUUCAGUAUUCAUGGAACCUUCCUCAGAAAGAGUGCCAACUACCUGUUGCUGGAUGUGCCAGGUGUGGCUGACGGGAGGCCCAGUGUCAGCCUUGGAGACAAGGUGCUUCUGAAGAGGACCCUUGCCAAUGGUAUUGAACUGGAAUACACUGCCUACAUCAGUGAGAUUUACAAUGAUGAGCUGAGCCUUAGAGUGAACCUAGAUUUUCACAGUAACUACAAUGGGGAGCCCCUUGAUGUUGAAUUCACAUUCAAUAGGCUUACUAUGCGGCGGUGUCAUGCUGCAGUGGAACGGGUAGAACAUUUGGGAGAGGCAGUCUUGUUUCCACAGUGCCUGGUUAUCAAGCCUGUCCAACUACACCUAGAGUGGCAGCAGAAUAACACAGAGGAUGAAACCUUUCCCAGUGAUGAACGGGAUGCAGGAGCCCAGGGUGUGGACAUGGUGUCUGUUGGGACCCAGACCCAAGCAGGCAAGAGCUCUCCAACUUUCCCAUUGAGCCAAAAUGGUUUUUACUUCAACCCGGCACUGAACCCACAUCAGAGAGCGGCAGUGAAGCGCAUCCUUACUGGAGAGUGUCGACCUUUGCCUUACAUACUCUUUGGACCUCCUGGGACUGGAAAGACUGUGACACUUCUGGAAGCCAUCUUGCAGAUCCACCACAAGCUACCAGAUAGUCGCAUCCUAGUGUGCACCCCUUCCAACAGUGCAGCUGACUUGGUGUGUAGUCGCUUGCACUACAGUGGACAUGUGCCCUCUGGGAACUUGGUCCGUGUUAAUGCCUCCUGCAGGCUGGAGGAGAGCAUCCCAGAGGAAGUUAAGUCGUACAGCCACAGUGGAGAGGAUGUAUUUCAGGCAGCACAUUACCGUAUUGUCAUCACUACCUGCAGUAGUGCUGGCAUGUUCUACCAAGUGGGCCUCAGGGUUGGUCACUUCACUCAUGUAUUCAUGGAUGAAGCAGGACAGGCUAUGGAGCCAGAGUGCUUUAUCCCACUGGGUUUGUUAUCUGAGGUAGAUGGCCAGAUUGUGUUGGCUGGAGAUCCAAUGCAGCUAGGUCCAUUAGUAAAGUCCAAACUGGCAACUGUGUAUGGCCUGAGUAAAUCCCUUUUGGAAAGAUUAAUGAGCAUGUCACUCUAUUCCCGCCAGGAAAAAGAGUUUGGUCCCCAUGGUGCUUACAAUCCCCUGCUGGUGACAAAACUGCUUAUUAACUACCGGUCCCAUGAAGCUAUUUUGCUCCUCCCCUCACGACUCUUUUAUAAUCAGGAGCUGGAGUUAGGAUCUGACCCCAAGGUAGUAGAGUCUCUGCAGAAUUGGAGGGGUCUGCCAACUAGGGGCUUUCCACUUAUGUUUCAUGGAGUCCGUGGUAGAGAGAUGCGUGAGGGUAAUAGCCCUUCAUGGUUUAACCCUGUGGAGGCCGUACAAGUCCUCAUUUACUGCUGCCAGCUGACUAGGAGGCUUUAUAAACCUGUCAGUCCCUUUGAUAUUGGAGUCAUCACCCCUUAUAGAAAACAGGUGGAAAAGAUUAGACUGCUGCUUGGUCGAGCUGGGCUGCUGGAUAUUAAAGUUGGGUCUGUGGAGGAGUUCCAGGGCCGGGAGUUCCUUGUGAUAAUUAUUUCUUUGGUCCGCUCCAAUGAAGAAAUCAUGGAUCAAGAUGUACAUAGUCUGCUGGGUUUCAUUUCAAAUCCAAAGCGCUUCAAUGUAGCCAUCACUCGUGCCAAGGCCCUGCUGAUUGUGUUGGGGAACCCUCAUGUACUCGUUAAGGACCCUUGUUUUGCAGAACUGCUACAGUAUUGUGAGGAAAAUGGGGCAUUUUUUGGCUGCAACCUCCCUACUGAACUGAUGAGCCAGAGUUAGUGAGAAUCAAGUCACAUUAAUUUUCUGGUACUGGUACCCUUUGGGUUUCCUGGUAUGGAGGUGGAGAGUUUGUGAAGAAAAGGUAAACCCACCCAUGUCAUUCAGUAAACAGCCAUGGACUGUAUUUCCCUUCUAUUUGUUAAUAGGAGAUGGGAGUAUUGACCUGAUGCCCCACACAAAUGUCUUCUGUUUUGUUGUUGUGAUUAAGAAAUUGGAUUAAUAAAGAAGGAAACCAAAUAAUGCA